AUGGCCGCCUCAGCCCUACUCAAGAGCCGAGUCCGCCGGCCCUCGUACUUGAACAAAUUGGCCAAGCCGGAGGACCUUAUUGAUUUGUUCCCUCAUGGAUCGUACAUUGGUUGGUCUGGAUUUACCGGUGUUGGAUAUCCAAAAAAAGUCCCAACCGCCCUAGCAGACCACGUCGAAAAAAACAAUCUCGAAGGCAAACUCAAAUACAGUCUGUUUGUCGGAGCCUCAUCCGGCGCCGAGACUGAGAACCGAUGGGCCAGACUCAACAUGAUUGAGCGCCGAAGCCCUCACCAGGUCGGAAAGGAGAUUGCAAAGGGAAUCAAUACCGGAAAUAUUCAGUUUUUUGAUAAGCAUCUUAGCAUGUUUCCUUCUGAUCUUGUCUAUGGCUGGUAUACGAAAGAUCGUCCCAACAAAAAGCUCGAUGUGACUGUCGUCGAAGCUACAGCCAUCACAGAGGAUGGUGGAAUUAUUCCCGGUGCAUCCGUUGGCGCAUCACCGGAGUUGGUGCAAAUGGCCGACAAGAUCAUUAUUGAAGUCAACACUGCAACGCCAUCAUUUGAGGGUUUGCAUGAUAUUACCAUGUCUGAUCUUCCGCCACGACGGAAACCAUACCUCAUCCUUUCGCCCGAGGAUCGUAUUGGUACACCACACAUUCCAGUUGACCCGGAGAAGGUUGUGGCUAUUGUCGAGUCAGACUAUCCUGAUGCUACACAGCCUAAUGCGCCCGAGGACGAGAGCUCUCGUGCUAUUGCGCGAAACUUGAUUGAAUUCUUGCAGCAUGAAGUUAAAAUGGGUCGUCUCCCUGAGAACUUGUUGCCUAUUCAGUCUGGUAUUGGCAAUAUCGCCAACGCGGUUAUUGGCGGUCUCAGCCAUGGCGCAAACUUCCAUAACUUGAAGGUAUGGACUGAAGUGCUCCAGGACUCGUUCUUGGACUUGUUUGACAGCGGUCAUCUUGACUUUGCGACUGCGACAUCCAUCCGCUUCUCACCGGACGGCUUCAAGCGAUUCUAUGAUGGCUGGGAGCGAUACGCACCCAAGCUGCUCCUCCGAUCACAGCAAGUCUCCAACUCUCCCGAAAUCAUCCGCCGUCUCGGCGUCAUCGGUAUGAACACCCCCGUCGAAGUCGACAUUUACGCCCACGCAAACAGCACCUGCGUAAUGGGCUCGCGUAUGCUCAACGGAUUGGGAGGAUCUGCCGAUUUCCUCCGUAACGCCAAAUACAGCAUCAUGCACACCCCAAGUACACGACCCAGCAAAACCGACCCCACGGGUGUCAGCUGCAUUGUGCCCAUGUGCACUCACGUCGAUCAGACGGAGCACGAUUUGGACGUCGUAGUCACCGAACAGGGUCUCGCCGAUGUGCGCGGCCUCUCGCCCCGAGAGCGUGCUCGUGUUAUCAUCGACAAGUGCGCCCAUCCGGAUUACAAGCCCAUCUUGCAAGACUACUUUGAUCGGGCCGAGUUUGAGUGUUUGAAGAAGGGCAUGGGUCACGAGCCGCAUAUGCUGUUCAAGUCGUUUACUAUGCACAAGAAUCUUGAGGAGAAGGGCACUAUGAAGAUCGAUUCAUGGGAGUAG